AUGUUUGUGGUGUGUGCUGAGUUGAUUGUGGAUCCGCCUGAGAGACAAGAUGUGUUGCCUGCGUUGACCGAGUUGGAGUUGUCGGAUACAACCUUUUCCGACGCUAUCAUCCCCAGUGAACAAACGACAUUCAGGAAGUUCUGGAACACUGCCCUAAUCUCGACAAGAUCUCCUUCGAUCGCCUCGACUAUUGGGUCGACGAGCAUGAGCUGGGGCUUUAUUCCUAGAGAUCUCGAAUACUGGAGAUCAGGACAGGUGCCCGGCUGCAACUGGAUACCGGAUCCCAUAGCUGUUUGGGAGGUGACGGUCCAGUUCGCAUUAAUGGGGCGCCUCUAUCAGCAGAUUGGUUCGUUGACAGAACUCAGGCGGUUGAAUUUGAGGUCGCUCGCCGCAUUUGGAGUCAGGACCAAGGUCGAUGAUCAAGACUACCGGUACAACCUGUUUUCGGGCUUGAUGAGCUUGGCAGAUGAUGAGAUGGGUCGGCAGGGCUGCUUGGGGCUGCUUGGUGGACUGAGUAAAGCUGCAAGAGCUUCGUGA